AUGACAUGGCAAGAAGCUGCGGCUGAGUACCGAGCGACUCGUGAUGCCAACAUCCCGAAAGAAUACCUCAUUACAGACCUCCCUUCCAAUGAUGUUCUCGAUGUCAAGGAUUAUCCUACCUUACCAGGAGUACUUCCAGCUUUAGAUUUGGAGAUCACUCAAACUUUAACCGUCACAGAACUCAUUGAAGCGAUCAAGGAAGGCAAAUAUUCAGCUGUUCAGGUGACUGAAGCAUUUUGUAGAAGAGCCGUUCUUGCUCAUCAACUAACCAAUUGUCUGACGGAAGUUUUCUUUGGUAAAGCUAUUUCUAGGGCCAAGGACCUGGAUGAAUACUUCGAGAAGACCGGCAAAACUGUUGGUCCGCUUCACUAUUGUAUCUGUUCUAAGUUUGCUAUACUAUCAGUCCCCAUCUCACUGAAAGAUCAGGUCGAAGUGGAAGGCACCAAUUUUACCAUGUCUUAUGUCGGAUGGAUAGGAAAGAAGGCAUCUCACAGCGCAGUCAUUGCUGAAUUAUUAUCGUCUCAAGGUGCGGUCUUUUACUGUCGUACCAACAUGUCUCAAGGAUUGUGGUUUGGGGAGGGCUAUAACAAUCUUUUUGGAAGAACCACUAAUCCCUUCAAUCGUAACGUCACAUGUGGUGGCAGCAGUGGUGGCGAAGGAGCUCUGGUCGGCCUACGUGGGUCCCUAUUGGGUGUUGGCAGUGAUAUUGGAGGCUCAGUCCGAAUUCCUGCGGCUUACCAAGCACUUUACGGGGUGCGAGGAUCGUAUGCUAGAAUUCCUUACUGCAAGGCAAGUAACAGCUCGGAAGGCCAAGAGAUGGUUAGAUCUGUGCUGGGACCUAUCACAGCCUCUAUAGAUGGUUUGAAGACUUUCUAUAAAGCGGUUCUCGACGCCAAACCAUGGGAGCAUGAUCCAUGGACACCCAGAAUGCCAUGGUCAGAAUCCGCAUAUGCGCUUGCAGACCAUGGCAACGGCGACAAGCUGUGCUUUGCCAUCAUGUGGGAUGAUGGAGUUGCGAAACCUUGUCCCCCUUAUGUCAGGGCCCUGCAGCAAGCUAAGGACGCUCUGAUUGCAGCUGGUCAUGAAGUGAUUGACUGGACCCCUUUCAAAUCUGCUGAGUCUGGGGAGCUGUUGAUGCGGUUCUUCACCUCUGACGGCGGAUACGACCUGAAAAAACAGCUUGCACUAAGCGGAGAACCCCAGCUAGGUGGUGUUCUCGAUCGCAGCAAGGGGGAGCUGAGUGCGCAUGAGCUAUUUGACCUCUGCUAUAUCCGAUCUGGCCAUAUCAAAGACGCACUCGAUCACUGGAAUGCUACUGUAUCGAAGACGAGUACUGGUCGGCCCGUAGACGCAAUCAUCGCUCCGGCUGCAGCUGCGCCUCCGCAACCACACGAUGGUCAUAUGUAUAUCGGUUAUACGGGCUUCUGUAAUUUGAACGAUUAUGUAUCAUCAAUCUUACCUGUCGCGCAUGUAGAUCCCAGUGUAGAUACCAAAAUCAACAGAGAUGACUUCCUCAGUGAUACCGACCGACAGGUUCACGAGCAAUACGAUCCAGCAUUGCAGGCAGGAGCACCGUGUUCUCUCCAGAUAAUUGGCAAAAAGUACGAGGAAGAAGCGAUCAUUCGUAUGACCGAGAUCGCUGACGCAGCCCUCAAGUCAGUACGUUCUUAG